AUGAAGUUCACCGUUGCUGUCGCUCUCGCCGCCGCUGGCGUCUCUGCCGUCUACGUCCCUCCCUCCAACGUCACCGUUGUGACCGAGGUUGUCGACCAAUACGUCACCUACUGCCCCUAUGCUACCCAGAUCACCCACGGCAGCAAGACCUACACCGUCACCGAGCCCACCACUCUGACCAUCACUGACUGCCCCUGCACCAUCACCCGCCCGGUCACCGUCACCAGCAGCGUUGUCUGCAACACCUGCGGUGCCGCUGCCCCUACUGGUGCUCCCUCCGGUGGCAACCCCUACACUCCCCCUGCUUUCACCAACAGCACCAUCACCACUCCCACCCAGGCCCCUCCUGCCAGCGGCCCUGCCUCCACCGGUGGUGUUGUUCCUUCUGCUCCUCCCGCCGUCCCCACUGGCGGUGCCAGCAAGGCCGUCCUCUCCGGUGCCGGUCUGGCCGGUAUCGUCGGUCUGGCCGCUUUCGUCCUGUAA